AUGAAUGAUGUCGUUCCCCGCCUUGCAUUGGAAUUGCCUGGUUAUGCGAACACCAGCCUCCUGAAUCCUGAUCUAGAGGCAUCUGCUCCCGCGUCGGGCGCCGCUAGUGCCGCGGGUUCCGCAAGCUUCCGUCCUCCGAAACGUUCCCAGUCCAAUCGGGGACCCAAGGAGUCGUCUUCACUCCCUAAAAUCCCGAUUCAAGGAAAGAAACUCUCGAUUCAAGCAUUACCGUCGAGUCGCAGCGUCAGUAACACUCCGAUCAACAGCCCGAGGUCAACCAGUCCCACAAACUUGGCUCUCCCCGCGCGUAGCAGCACCACGGGCUCGCGCGCGCAAAAGCCGCAGCAGGGCGGAACGCGGCAAGCGCGCGGAAACAGCAACUUGGGCCAGUCCGCGGGGAAUACCCGGCUGUGGCACGAAGCAUCGGCGGAACGUAGCAAGGAGCAAGCGCGGGAUAAGCGGGGGGUGGUUCCCGGUCGGAGGGAUUCGGCGCGGGCGGACGGUCGAGGAGGGUUCGAUGGUGACGUGAAAGCUGACGAGCGACGGUGGCAGCCGAAGGAGCGUGGUGCUGGUACAGACGAGGAACAAGAAUGGGAGGAAGAGGAUGAGGGGGAGGAAGAGGAGGAAGCGGAGGAGGAAGACGAAGGAGAAGAGGAAGAGGCGGAAGAGGAGGAGAGCGCUGGGGAGUCAGAGGAGGAGGAAGAAGAGGAAGCGGAACAGGAGGAAAGAGGGGAUGGGGACGAGGAGGGGGAGGACGAUAGGCGCAAAGGAGGUGCGCGGGGUUCGAGCGAGGAUGAAUCGGACGAGGAAGAGCACGACGGCGACGCGGCGCAAGGCUGGGCGCAGAGCCAGCAGCACAGGCGGAACGUGUCGCAGCCGAACAUCCACGCGUCCCGCGCGUCCUGGGCGCAAACGCAGCGCGCGCGCGCGUCGGCGCGCUAUCCCAGUCACGCGUCUGUGCUUGAAGAGGAAGAGUCCGGGCCUGCUGAUUCCGGCGCCGCCGCGUCCGCCCGCUCGCCGAGCCCUUCCCCCGUGCGCUCGCCCGCGGGGUCCGCCGCUGCGGCUGCGCGCGCGGGGAGUCCGCGCAUGGGCAGCAGCGCGGGGUCGCCGUCGUCCGCGCGGUGGAGCACGCGGAAGAAGCCUUGGACUCCGACGGCGCUGGGGGGAGUAGCGCGGAGUUUCGAUAGCAGCUGCUGCAGCAGUAGCAGUGACGAGGGAGAGGGUGCAGGGAGGUUAAGCUGUAGGGAUGAGGAAGAGGAGUCUUUCGCGGAAGAUGAGGAGGGGGAGGAGAGGAGGAGGGAGGAGGCGGAGGAUGAGGCGGACGGCAGGGACGAGAGAAAACGAGAGGUCGGCGCUCGCGGCUCGCAAUCCUUCCGCCGGCUGCGCAUUGUGCCUCCGCGUCUCGAGACCCAGUCGAACAGGCGCAGAGCGCACACGGGGGAGCCUGUUUCCCCGCCUUCUGCGCGCUCCUCCGCCUCUGUUCUUGCCUCCGCGCGAGCAUCCCCGCGCCCGCUUCUCACCGCGGGUCCCUCGUGCGUCGAUUUGGUGGAGCUUCCCCCCCGAGUAGCGCCGAGUCCCGCAAGCUCCGACGCCUCCGCGUCUCGUCGCGCGGAUUUCUCCCUCACUGCGGGCGGAAAGGCCGCGGGGCGAAGCGCCCAUCCGGCCGCGCUCUCGCCUUCGGUUUCCGCCUCGUCGCCCGCAGGCGGCCGCGGCAAAGGGGGCGCGAGGAGUCAAGGGCGCAGGGAAACCGCGCAAGGGGGGCGGAAAGGGGACGACAGAGGGGGAAAGGAUGGCGCGGGUACGAGCCGUGGGUGGGAUCGAGACGAGGCGGAAGCGGAAUCGCCAGUGGACUUCGCGCGGGGUAUGGCGGGGGCUGCAGGGCUGGGGGGUAAGGAUCGGGGGGGCGGAAAGCGCGCGAACGCGGAAGGAUCCGAUUUUAUGAGCGAAAGUGGGAGCUUGAGCGGGGGCGGGAGUAUUUUGCGUACUGGAAGCGGUACGAAUGGGUUACCUCUCGGUGUAGACGCUACAUUGGAAUGGACAUUUGAGCAAGACUCAGGAGAUGCAGAGGCGGGCUGGGGAAGAGGUGACUGCAGAGAGGGCACGGAGGAAGACGAGGAGGAGGAAGAGGAAGAGGAGGAAGAGGAGGAGGAGGAAGAGGAGGAAGAGGAGGAGGAGGAGGAGGAGGAGGAGGAGGAUGAGGAGGAGGAGGAAGAGGAAGAGGAGGAAGAGGAGGAAGAGGAGGAAGAGAGAGCACGUGUGCGCCUGCCUGCGAGAAUGGCAGCAGAGGUGGCGCGCAGUGAUAAUGGGAGCGACUGCAGGGAGAGCGAGGGGGAGAGCGACGGGUGCGGCAGUGACGCUUGCAGUAACAGGUUGGCAGAUGUGAUGAGUAACCGGUUUAGUGAAGAUCUGAGUGGGCGGUUAAGUGGCGGGGAGAGCAGUGGGAGUUACAGAGAGGAGCCGUGGAAGGGUGUGGACUCGUGGAGUGACCGGGAGGACGGGGUUGAGAGGGAUGGGCGGAGGGAGGGUGGGGUGGGAGUACGGAGUACGGAGGAGGAAGCAAGGAGGAAGGCACAAUUGGAUAGGGAAACCCGUUCGGAUGUUGAUACAGAGGAGGAGGAGGAGGAGGGUCGGGAGGAGAGGGUUGGGAGGGGUGCAGAGGGUUAUGAGGCGACAGGGAGGUUGGGGGGGGAGGAGAGAGAGUGGACGGGAACAGAGGAGGAGAGCGGGAGAUGCGCGACGGGAGGAAAGGUGGGAGGAGACAACACAGUCAGACGGAGAAGGGGAGGAGGAGGGGUGGGGUGA